GAUAGCGGCUACAACAACUACGGCGGCUCUUUCUCCGGCGGCGGCAGCGGCGGCGGCGGCGGAGGCUUCAUGCCAGGCGAGAUGAAUAGUCCGGCUGGAGGCAAGAACGACUACAACAACGCCACCCUCCGCCCCAUAACGAUCAAACAAGCCCUCGACGCAAUCCAGCCAUACCCAGAAGCACCCUACCAAAUCGACUCCGCCGAAGCCGUGAGCAUCACCUUCGUGGGGCAAGUGCGCAACAUCAGCUCCCAAAGCACGAACGUGACAUACAAGAUCGACGACGGGACGGGGGAGAUCGAAGCGAAGCAAUGGAUCGACUCGAUGGCAGGCGACUCGAUGGACACCGACGACCCCAACGCCAGCAAGCCCCCGGGCAAGAACCAAAUCGAGCUGAACGGCUACGCGCGGGUGUUCGGGAAGCUCAAGUCGUUCGGGAACAAGCGGUUUGUGGGCGCGCAUUGCGUGCGGCCCGUGACCGAUAUCAACGAGGUGAAUUAUCAUCUGCUGGAGGCCGCCGCGGUGCAUUUGUUUUUUACGCGCGGGCCGCCGGGGGAGAAGAGUGAGGGUGAGGGUGGGAAUGUUAAGAGCGGGCUGGCUGGGGAUGGGAAGGGGGGUGCGGAUGCAUCGAUGGGUGGGACUGAUGAGGCCAGUCGGGGAUUGCCGGCUAUGAGUCCCAUCGCGAGACGCGUGUAUAACCUGCUCAGGACGGAGCCGCAGAGUAAUGAGGGCUUGCACGCGCAGUUGAUUGCCGCCAAGCUGAGUCUACCUAUGCCGGAUGUGGCGCGGGCUGGAGAUGAGUUGCUUACGGCGGGUGUGAUCUUCUCGACGGUGGAUGAGCAGACUUGGGCGAUCUUGGAGUUUUAAAUUAGGGGGAGUUAUGUGUGUUAAAGGGUCUAGGGCAUGGAUGGAUGAGUGGAUGGUUAAAAUCUUGCAAUGGGAUGGUGUUUGUUUGUUUGUUUCUACGAUGCUACCGAAAUGCAAUCAUGUUCGUCAAUUUAAACUGGUAUUCCGUGUCUGUCCACUGUGUGUCCUGUUCUCUUGAUGGUAAGGUAUGUAAUCGCUUGAACAGGUAAGGGAUAUAUAUGCGUAUCAAGUGAAAGUAAUGCUUUUUUUGACAGUCCCCCACAGAGAU